CAGCACUACACUACAACUGUCAAAACUGCAUUGUUGUGUUUACUUCUCAAACUGAAGCCGUGGUAUUUUCUCUCCAAAAUCGAGGUUUUUAUAAAGUUAUAACAAAAGUAAUCAUGAUAGCAGGAGCGCGGAUGGCCCGCUUAGCUCGUGAAGUGAAGAACUUUGAAACUAAGCCGCCGUGGGGCAUAUCUUGCCAUCCAGAGAAGCCAGACAGCUAUGACGUGCUUACAGUCACUUUGCUCGGUCCUAAAGGGUCUCCGUACGAGAAAGGAAGGUUUAAACUGACCAUUACCAUCCCUGAAAGGUAUCCCUUCGAGCCGCCACUGUUAAAAUUCAAUACACCAGUUUACCAUCCGAAUAUUGAUAAAGGUGGCCGUAUUUGCAUGGACAUGCUCAAAAUGCCUCCGAAAGGCGGCUGGCUCCCGACAAUCACUUUGGAGACGCUCCUGGUGUCUCUGCAGACGUUGCUUGCGAAUCCCAACCCCGACGAUCCAUUGAUGAUGGACGUAGCCAACGAGUACAAGUAUGACAUUGAGACGUUUUUGGAGAACGCUAAAAAGCAUACUGAGAAGCAUGCAGUAGGCACUGUUAAGUUUAAUUAAGAAAUUGUUGUUGUGGAAGAUAAAAUAUCAUCUCAGGAAGUUUUUCAUUACAUGUAAUGCAUCAUCUGACAGAAAGUUCGUAAUCGGAAAUGACUCACAAUACACGUAAAAACAGAUUCAAGUUUGUGUUAAUUACUCCUAUUAAUGAUUACACUAGUUUUGUAUUACAUUUCAUAAUCAAAAAUCAAAAUCAUUUAUUCAGUUUAGACCACAAGUGGCACUUAUGAACGUCAAAAAAUAAAAAAUAUAAAAGGUAGCCCUUAUAGGGCACUUUAUAUGUCUCCUUAUCUUUUGGGCCCUACCAGCACUUCGAGACUAACAUAUGGCAAGUGCUGAGAAGAAACGUAAUAAUUAUGUAUGUACAAAGUAGUUAACUUGGUCCCAAUAGUAAAGAUAAAUAAUUUACUUAGUUUAUCAUAAAACUUUAAACAAAACCCAUAACAUUGUUUGUUUUAGCUGAUAAAUGAUUAACUUUCUGUCAAAUGAUUAUUAUUCCAUUUGCAUAGUUAUAAAAAGAGAAGAAUCUAUAAAAUGUAUCUAUGUUUAGCAAAACAAGCAAAUAUCUAAAAUUAUAUUAGGUAAGUUUGAAGUGUUUUUUUGAAAUUCUGAGAGAUGAUUUUAUUGUUAAGAAUAAAAUGUGAUCAAUAAGUUGAAAUUAUAAAAGUAUGUAAGAAAAAGAAGUUGUUUGUAAGCAUAUUUGUAUUUUUAUAAGUUAAGACAAUAAUAAUGGUAACAAGUUA